AUGGACGAACGCGCCGCCCGCAGGCUCACGAUGGCGAAGGUCCCCGUCACGGUCCUGACCGGCUUCCUCGGGAGCGGGAAAACGACCCUACUCAACCACAUCCUCACGAAGCAGCAUGGGAAAAGGAUUGCGGUCAUCGAGAACGAGUUCGGCGAGCGCGUCGCGGCGUCCCAGGGAAUUUGUUGAUUCUUCACUUGCAACCUUAGACGCGCCAUCGCCGCGGCGUCGUCUCGAUGCCUGAUCCGCGCAGGGUCGGCAUCGACGACGCCUUGCUCGCGAACAACAUCAAGAACCAGGUCGAGGGCGAAGAGCUCUUCGAGAUGAUGAACGGCUGCAUCUGCUGCACGGUCCGAGCUGACUUAGCGGUGGUGCUCAAGAAGCUGAAGAAGACGCACGAGUCCGGGAAACCGAUCGAAGCCAUUGUCAUCGAGACGACGGGCAUGGCCGACCCGGCGCCGGUCGCGCAGACGUUUUUUGUGGAUGACGAGAUCGCGUCGUUCUGCCAGUUGGAUGGGAUCGUUACCUUGGUCGAUGCGAAGCACAUCGUGCAGCACUUAGAUGAAGAGAAACCAGAAGGUGCUGAAAAUGAAAGUGUAGAGCAGGUGGCCUUCGCUGAUAGACUCAUCCUGAACAAGUGCGACCUGGUACCCAAGGAGGAAGAUUUGAAGGCAGUCGAGACGCGCCUCCGCUCGAUCAACAAGUUCGCGCCGAUCGUGCGUUCCACGAAGUCCGAGGUCUCCCCGGACCAGGUCCUAGGUAUCGGCGCCUUCGACCUCAAGCGCACGCUCGAGAUGGACCCCGAAUUCUUAGAUACGGAGGGCGAGCACGAGCACGACAACACCGUGUCGAGCAUUGGCAUCAACAUCGAGGGCGACGUCGACUUAGGGUUAUUUAGUGGAUGGCUCGAAGUGUUGUUGAGGGACAAGGGCGCGGAUCUGUUCAGAAUCAAAGGAGUGUUAGCGGUGAAAGGGGUCCCGGACAAGUACGUCUACCACGCGGUCCGUGGCUCGGAGUUGUGAACGAACUUGAACUUGACGCGGUCGCGGCGAUGGCGUCUUCAUGAGACCACGCCGCCUCGACGCCGUCGAUGCGGCCUCGUGAAUGUACGGAGGCAGUUUCGCGACGGCGUCGUUCCACGCACAGGUGCACAUGAUCUACGAGGGCCGCUUCACGGAGCAGUGGGGCCAGAACGAGGCGAGGACCUGCAAGCUCACCUUCAUCGGCAAGAACCUGGACCACGACGGGUUGCGGUCCGGAUUCGAAGAUUGCUUAGCUAAUGAAGCGAACUACGACAAGCUCAAGAAGUCCUUCCGCUUCACGAUCGGCGACGCGGUGGAGUGCAACACGGGCGACGGCUGGGUCCGCGGCACGGUCGUGGAUCUGCUUUAUAGGGAGGAGGGCAUGCACCCGUCGUUCCUCGCGCCGUACCAGGUGAAGUUGGACGACGGCGGCCUGAUCUACUGCCCGGCGGACCAGGACACGUGCGUGCGCCGCGCCGUCGCCGUGACGGGGCGCAAGGCGCUCUGAGCCCUUUCCCACUUCCCUUCGACGCGCACGCGGCGCGCCGGCCCUAAGACUUUGUUUACCAUG